UACAGGAAUAUGUAGAAUUAUAUUUUCCCCUACACCCCUGUAAAAACAAAACUGUAGAUAAUUUUUUGUUUAAUGUGAAUUUUUGGCUGUUGAAUAUCGAUUAAAAUAUUUAAAUUUAAUUAUUUUAUAAAGGGUUGAUAAUUUUAUUACUGUAGAAAUAAAUAAAGUAUUCUAAUAUAUAAAACAUUACAAAUGUUCUCUUAAAAGUCUUCUAAUAUUUCAUGUAUGCCGGGAAAUAUUCAGAUUGAGGGUAAAUUGUUUGGUGCAAACGUCAAUAAAACAUAAAGGAUGUCGGAUAAUGAGGAUGAUAUUCUCGAGGACAUCAAAGCUUUGAAAGAAGUAUUGUCUCAAAAUAAUUUACCAAGAAUAAAAGUUGAUGUGUCUUCUCGUAGUUAUGAGAAAUCUUCAGGUUCGAAUAAUUCUUUUCAUAAGUUCGGUAUAGACUCUGAUGACGAGUCAUUGGAAGUUGAUGAUGAUGAGGAUGAUGGUAAUGAUGCUGAUGAACUGGCUGAUUUAUCUUUAAAAUCUGUUGAAAAACUUUUGAUUCUUUGUGAACGAGCUAAACAAGCACUUCAACUUAAAUUUGAAGAAAAUCUGAAAAGACGUCAAGAAGUUGAUUAUCAAAUACAAUUACUAUCAAAAGGUGGUAAAGCUAAUUGGAAAGUGCCGUAUGUUAAAGCUGGUAUGCCAUAUUUCAAAGAUGAAAAGCAAUUUCCAGCUCCUAAAAAUGAAGAUACCAAGAAGAAAGAAAAAAAUGGUGAGCUUUCUAUAUCACACUUACGUAGACCAAUACGAUGGACGUUUAAAGAUCGUAAUUGUUUAAGAAUAGCUAUACGUAAACAAGCUGCUAGUGAUACAUUUGAGAAAAUGGUUAGAGAAAGUAAUGAAAAUAAUGAUAUUAGUCCUGCAGAAUUACAGCCUCCUAAAGAUUUACGUACAAUGGUAGGUCCUUUGGGCUCACGUGAAUUUGAUUGGAUGAAAAUAUCAACAAUGGAUAUGAGAUCUCGUCAUUCCCCCAAUGAAUGCCGGGUUAUGUGGAAUAUAUUAUUGCACCCAGAUAUAAAUGAUAGCCAAUGGAAAUCUGAUGAAGAAGAGAUGCUUAAAAUUAAAGCUCGCGAACAUGGAUAUCAAGAUUGGGAUACCAUUGCACGAGAAUUAAACACCGGCAGAACUGGAUACGUUUGUUUUAUAGCAUUUCAUAGAACAUUAGAGAACACAGCGUUUAAUGAUCGGCAGUGGUCUCUAAAUGAAAAUGAAAUUCUUACAGAGUGUGUUGAAAAAUUACGCUACGGUGAUUUUAUACCUUGGGGGCGUGUCAGUACAUACAUUAACGAUAGGACUAAAACUCAAAUUUAUGCCCGAUGGAAAUAUAACUUGGAUCCGGCAUUAAAAAAAGGCAGAUUUACGAGUGACGAAGAUGAUUUAUUGUUAGAUAGUGUUGCUAAAUAUGGAAAAAAUUUUCCAAGAAUAUCAUCAGAUAUAAUGCCACACAGAUCAAGUGUACAAUUAAGCGGUAGAUUUAAAUUAUUAAUGUUGAAAACAAACAGCGCUUAUAACUCGUGGUCAGUAGCUGAGGAUCGUAAAUUAAUUCAACUUUUUGAAGAAUUUGGAUCGCAGUGGAGUAUGAUUUCUAAUAUUAUGAAAAAAGAUCGGACGUAUUUACGUCAUCGUUAUACUAUUAUAACACGUCAUUUGGCUAGAGGUACACGAUUAAUACAUAUACCACGUAAACGUCCAAUUGAUGAUGACGAUUAUGAAUAUAUAGUUCAAGAUGAUGAGGAUGAUGAUGAUGAUAAUGAAAAACUAAUUAACAACAUGAACACAGAUCUCAGUAUUGAUGCACAAUUAAUGAGAUAUUUUCAAAGUAUACAAGCGGCUGAAGGCAAACCGGGACGUAAAGCAACCUAUCAUACUCCAGAUCAGUUGGAACUUCGUACUAAAAAAUUAGAUAAAAUAUUUGAAACGCUCAAGGUUGAAAUAGAUAUACCAGACAAUUUAGAUGGUUAUAAUUUAAGUGAGAAAAAUAAACAGUUAUUGACUUCUUAUAAAGAGUAUACUCUUCAAAAAUCAUCAAUGAAACCAAAAAUUAUAGAAGAGUAUAGACAAAGAAUGUUUGGUGAUGUUUCAAAUGAUGACUGUCGUGAAUAUUUUAUUCCACCUGGACCAUUUGGUAUGAAUAUAAGAGAAGAAAGGAAACCAAGCAAACGUAGAAAAAAAAAAGCUGAUUGUUCUCUAGAGGCUGAUCGUGUACAAAAUUUACAAAUAAAAUUAGAUAUGAAUUUAGAAACUCCUGAAAAUGUAUUAAAAAUGUUAAGUGAUGAUGAAAUAGAUAAAUUUGAUAAAUUAUCAAAAUUAAUCGAAUCAAAAUGUAAAUGUUUACAAUUCCCCGGUAGGUUUGAACAGGCAUACGUGGAAUCAAUAGAACAAGGAAUUAAAUCGACAAAAAAAUCAAAAGCAGCUUCAGCAGCUUUGAAACAAAAAUUAGUACAAACUCAUGAACACGAUCCUUGGAAAUUCAAGCUUAUACAAAAAGAUCCAUUUAUUCCACCGUGCUAUUCAACUUUAAUUGGCUAUCAAACACUACUUACUUUUAAGGAUGCUCAGUCUUUAAUAAGAACUAAAAAAAACGAUUUAAAAUCGGAUCUUAAUCAACUUACCGAUGAAGGUAAAAAAGCGUUUCAUUUAUUUAAAACUCGUCUUCAUCGUUUAUUUAAAUACCCUAUUAUUAUGUCACGACUCAGUCCGAAAGAUAAAUUGCCCGAUCGGACUCUUAUCAAGGAGGAUGACAUGGAAGUAAAUAAUGUACAAACUAAUGGUGAACUGAAUAAUGAAAAUGAUGAAACAAAAUACAAUUCAUCAUCGUCACGAGAGGUAAAGUGUGAAAUAAAAUACGAUAUAAGUGAAAAUGGCCAAGAACAAACGAAAAGUUUUACUGUUUCGGUUAAAUUAGACAAAUAAGCAUAAAGAAUUUAAAUGUAUUAUUUUUAAAUGUUUUUUUUUUAAUUUUAAUUAAAUAACCUUUUAUUUAACUAGUUAUUAAUAUUUAUGUAACAGUAAUUGUUGGAUUAAAUA